UUAGCAACAAAGUGCUCUGCUUCCAGUUACACAAAACAAUGGCCUUCCUGCCCAAUUUGAAUACCUUAGGGGAACUUAAGGGUAGACUUCUGAAUGUUACUGGAAAUGCCGUCCAGAAGGGCAGCUCACUGAUGUUCAAAUUGGGAACGCUAAUGGAGAUUGUUGGGGACAGCAAUGGGACGGCAAAUUUACCUAGUUUAGGAGAACUAGUUGACACUGUACAGGAGUUGGGUGCCCACUAAACGGAUGGU